GUGAGGGGUUGGGGACGUGAAGGGAAGGGAGGUGCGGGAAGGAGUGAUGAGCACAUUGGGAGGGAGUGUAAACCGAUGGCCUCAGGCCCUGGUACUGGGGGCCGAUGGACCCCGAUUUGAUGGUGGCCCUGGCCGGUUGCUCAGUGGUCGGAGCUCUGGCCUGCAUGCGGAAGGGUCCCCGCACUUAAUUCCCUCACAUGGAUGCUUUUUUUUCCUCUCGCCUUGGCCCCUCCCCUCUCUCCCCACUCUGGCAGGGCCGUGUGACCCUCGAGGAUGUGGCCGUCCGCUUCUCCCGGGAGGAGUGGCAGCUCCUGGUUGCGGCUCAGCGACGUCUGUACCGCGACGUGAUGCAGGAGAACGUGGCGCUGAUGGCCUCCCUGGGCCUUGCAUCUGGCGGGACCCAUGAGCUCCCCCAGCUGGCGCAGUGGGGGGAGCCCCUUCUGCCUGCCGGUGGCGUCAGGACUGCGGCCUGCCUGCAUCUCUGCAUCGUCACGUCUCUGCUUUCAGGCUGUGGGUGUGGAGCAGAGGCCGAGGGGAGUGUUCCUGCAGGAGGAGUGCCCAGAGCGAACCACCACCAACACCAGAAGCUGCGCUGUGGAGAGAAGCCCUUAGGAGGAGAAGAGGGGACGCGGGGCCAGAAGGACUUUCCAGCCGGCACUGGUCUCAGACAGCAGGGGACUCACAGUACAGGGGCGCCCUCUGGGGCCGCCCAGCAUCACCCCCAAAGAAGGCAAUACAAGUGCAGCGAGUGUGGGAAAGCCUGUGGUCAGAAAUACUUGGUGGUGGAGCACCGGAGGCUGCACACCGGGGAAAAGCCGUACCAGUGCAGUGAGCGUGGGCGGGCAUUUAGCCGAAAGUCCAACCUUUUCGUGCACCAAAUAGUUCAUGGGGAAUGGCCUUACGGCUGUAGCGAAUGCGGGAAAUCCUUCAGCCGCAAGGCCGACCUGGUUCAACACCGGAGAGUUCACACCGGAGAGAAGCCCUUCACGUGCAGUGAGUGUGGGAAAGCCUUCCAGCAUCACUCCACGCUCAUCCAGCACCACAGGGUCCACACUGGGGUGAGGCCUUUUGAGUGCACCGAAUGUGGGAAAUCCCUUAGCUUCAGCUCGGGGCUCCUGAAACACCAGAGGGUUCACACUGGAGAAAGGCCUUAUGGGUGCACUGAAUGUGGGAAAUUCUAUAGCCACCAGGCCAGCCCCACUACUCACUGGCGAGUCCACACCGGAGAAAGGCCUUAGGAGUGCAGGGACUGUGGGAAGUUUUUUAGCCAAAGCUGUAGCCUCGUGCAGCACCGCAAAGUUCACACUGGAGAAAAGCCUUUUCAGGGCAAGGACUGUGGCCGACUCUUCAGUGAGAACUCGAGCCUGGUCAAGCACCAGAGGGUGCACACCAGAGCCAGGCCUUACGAGUGCAGGGACUGUGGGAAGUUUUUUAGCCAAAGCUGUAGCCUCGUGCAGCACCGCAAAGUUCACACUGGAGAAAAGCCUUUUCAGGGCAAGGACUGUGGCCGACUCUUCAGUGAGAACUCGAGCCUGGUCAAGCACCAGAGGGUGCACACCAGAGCCAGGCCUUACGCGUGCGGGGACUGUGGGAAAAGCUUUCGCUACAGCUCCAGCCUGGUGAAACAUCGGAGGGCUCACCCCAGAGAGACGCCGUAGGCGUGCGGUGAUUGUGGGAAGUCCUUUCGCCGGCGUUUCAGCCUCAUUCAGCACCAGAAAGUCCACAGAAGAGACGGGUCUUGACUGGAGCUCAUGUGGACAAGCCUUUAACCAAAAGUCUGUCUGGUCCGAAGGGAAGCUCCACACCCAGAAAGGCGUGUGGACACAGUGACCCCGCAGAGAGGUUCAGCCAAAGCUUCGCUAACCUCGUUCAACGCCGGACGUUCCGACGGAGAAAGGGCUUAGGAGUCAGGGCACGUGCGGUCCCUGGUCACCCCAACCCAGUGUUCCCACCGGGGGCACACGCCCCACAGGGGGGCAGUUUGAUUUUUAAGGAGGGCAACGAGAAUUGA